UGACGGACCAGGGUAUGUAGCCCGACAGCCUACAAGGUCCGGGUUAGGCGUACCGCCGUGUACCUUACCCUUAGGUACUGAGGUACUACCUACCUAGGUUACAUACCUUAAACUUUUUACAUCACGUUUGUACAUAAAUCAUGCUAUAUGCAGACUAAAAGGGAUAAAAAUACAAAAUCUACAAAAUUCCUCAUCUUAUCCUCUCUUCUCAUCGUGACACUGGCUAUCUUCUUGUCUCGUGCCUUGCCCCGCCUCACAUCGCUGUCCCUGCAUCUUUUUCCUGGCGCCCGCCAACAAAUCAUCAGCCCUAUCACGUCCAAUAAAAAUAUGUCGUCAUACGCCAAAGAGCUCGAGAUAGCGCAGCUAGCCGUCCAGCGCGCUUCUAUCUUGACCAAGAGAGUUUUCCACGAGAAGGCCAAAGGUACCGUCUCCAAAGAUGACAAGUCCCCCGUCACAAUCGGUGACUUCGGUGCCCAAGCCCUCAUUAUCAGCGCCCUAAAGGCCAACUUCCCCGACGACGAAAUCGUUGCUGAGGAAGAAGCCGCUCAGUUGCGCCAGGAUGAAAACUUGAGACAUACGAUCUGGGACUUGGUUGCCACAACCCAGCUCUCCGACCCGGAGGCCGAGGGCCUACUUGGCGGGGCUAUUGAUGACGAGGAAGCUAUGUUGACUCUAAUUGACUAUGGAAAUAGCAAAGGUGGUGCUAAGGGCCGUAUAUGGGCUAUUGACCCCAUUGACGGCACCAAGGGAUUUCUACGUGGCGGCCAAUACGCUGUGUGUCUCGCUUUGAUGGUCGACGGCGAUGUCAAGGUUGGAGUUCUAGGUUGCCCUAACCUCCCUAUUGAUGACUCCGCUCAGUUAACGGGAAGCAUGGAAUCUGGUCAGACAGAUGAAGGAAGGGGGGUUCUAUUUUCUGGUGUAUUGGGCCAAGGUGCCACGAGCCGUGCAUUGACUACCGGUGAAUUGGCUAAGGAAAAGAGCAUUUCUAUGAGAGCUAUUACCGAUAUCGCAUCAGCGACGUUCUGUGAGAGUGUGGAGGCCGGACACUCGUCCCACGGCGAUCAGGCUGAAAUCGCGAAGCUGCUCGGUAUUACGAACCCCAGUGUGCGGAUGGACUCACAGGCCAAGUACGCUUCUAUUGCGCGAGGCGCGGGCGACAUUUACUUGCGACUGCCUGUUAGUGAGACAUACCAGGAGAAAAUCUGGGACCACGCUGCUGGAGACCUUAUCGUCCGGGAAGCCGGUGGUGCCGUAACGGAUAUCCACGGCAAACGGCUAGACUUCAGCGUCGGGCGAACACUGGCUAACAACAAAGGUGUUGUCGCUGCUCCUGCCGCUGCCCACCCCGAAGUUCUCAAAGCAGUCCAAGAAGUGCUCUCGAAGAAAUAAAUCUAGGAACAUCAUAGA